CUAAUUAAUAAGCAAUGGUCACACCACCACCAAGAAUAAAAUUUUAUAGAAAAUAGGUUGUAAGUUAAUUUUAAUAGCUUUUGUUGUGUUUUUUUGUGUUUUGUGUGUGUGAUAGCAAAUUUAUAUGAGAUUAAAACAGCAAUAAAGAAAUUUUAAUUAAAGCAAAAUAAUGAAUUUUAUCAUGAAACCGCUACUCAUCUUUAUCCUGUUGGUGGUCUGUGUCCAAGUCGCUCCCAAGACAGACUUCCAAUGCGGCUGUGUAAUUUACACAAGUCUUCCAUUUAUGGAAAAAAAUGCGGAUUGCUCGCAAUCUUCUGCGAAUAUGAAAUGUCUGGCUCAGCUGGGUCUGAGCUCGUUGAAUCUGUCAGAUACCAGAUUGCGGAAGGUACCUGACCUGAACGAUCCUGGAUUUCGGGCUAUCAAGGAGCUGAACCUUUCAGGAAAUAAUAUAACCGAAUUGGCUGACUGGAAAUUCGGAUCCAUGGAGGAACUACUUUUCGUGAAUAUAAGCCACAACAAAUUGACGAGUCUGCCAAAUAAAGAGCCCCUCAGCAUCAAAAUGGACUUGAGUUAUAACCAACUGGAGGAUAUGACAGACCUUGUGCCCUUAAUAAAGGCGAAGGUGAUUUUGAUAGGCAACUCUUGGCAUUGCAUGUGCAAUAAUAGUCUUGUGAAACAGAUGUACAGAAAGUUUCCCAGUUUCAUGGAGAAUAACAUUGUAUGCAAGAAGGACGAUCAACUAGAACCAUUUGCGAUGCAUUGUCAUGAAAUAAUUAACAAUACCGAGAACUUGGAACCAAAUGCCACCAUUGCUUCCCGCGUCUUAAUUGUUUCUAUAAUUAUUUUAUUUGUUAUUUCUACAAUUUAUCUAUUGUUAAAGUAUUUUUUCGAUUUUUUUUUUUCGCCAAGGCCACAGGGAUAGAGAAUUGGUUACAGAGUCAGUAAAGUACUUAACUAUUUUUUAAAUUAAAUAAAAUAAUUAUUUUAUUGAAACCUUUAAAUUCAAUACUACAUUAUAUUCUAUUAAAUACAAAUUAUACUAUUACACUGCGCGACAAAAAAAAGGUUUAAGUUGAUUUUAUCUUAUUUUUCACUUCUACUAAUCAAAAUAAGAAUAUAAGUUUAUGGAUUUGUUUAUAUUAAUAGCCAAUCAGCUUUUACGCACAUUCAAAUGUCCAAAAAACGCGUGUUUUCGCAUAUUUCACAGCCUUAUAAUCACAUAUUGGGAAAAUACUAUUUUAACGUUAUAAGCGUUCAUGCAAGUUCAAUAUCUAUUAGUUAAGAUUAGGCUAUUAUCGUUAAUUAGGCUAUUUUCACAAAGCUUUAAAAUUUUUUCUCCUUUAUUCUUUAAAAGAAAAGCGAAUAAAUUUAUAAAAAUAAAAA